CCCGGAUCCCACCCCUCCGUCCGCAGGACCCCGAACCCCAAUGAUCCUACAGCAACCCCUGGAGCGAGGCCCCCAGGGUCCGGCCCAGCGCGACCCGCGGGCCGCCUCGGGGGCUUCUGGAGGCCUGGACGCGAGCUCCCCUCUCCGAGGAGCUGUGCCCAUGAGCACCAAGCGGCGCCUGGAGGAGGAGCAGGAGCCCCUGCGCAAGCAGUUCCUAUCCGAGGAGAACAUGGCCACCCACUUCUCUCGACUCAGCCUGCACAAUGACCACCCUUACUGCAGCCCCCCCAGGGCGUUCCCCCCAGCUCUGCCCCCACUCAGAAGCCCUUGCUCUGAGCUGCUUCUCUGGCGCUACCCUGGGAACCUGAUCCCUGAGGCUCUCCGGCUGCUGAGGCUGGGGGACACUCCCACCCCCCACUAUCCUGCAACCCCAGCUGGGGACAUGAUGGAGCUCUGAGAUCUGGGGAGCAGUGCCCCUGCCUCCCCCCCACUUCCUUCUUUCCCCUCAACAAGGGAGAGCAGCACUCCCACGAAGGGACCACCUGCCCUGCUUUUCCUCCAGACCAGGCCUCUGGGCACCAGGACCUCCCCUCACACACAGAGCCCUGAGGUGGAAGGGGCAGGGACAUGGGAAAGGAGGCCAUCCCCUCCCUGCUGAGAACUGAAUAAAGACUGCUGAGUGAAUGAAAGCUUCAA